UUUGCUCUCCCUGGACCCAGGACUCUAGGGUUUGCGCAGUCAAGCGGACAGAACGAUCGCCAAGUUAGACCGCCGUAGUGCCUUAUUGACAAACAACCAUACCACGCUUCCGCCCGCCGACACGGCCUGCUGGUCCAGGCUCAACUCCUUGCCCGCAUGACUUCUGCGACAGCGACAUCCGCCGGAGGCGCAUCCCGGCCUCUGGCGUUACCCGGUAAUUCGAGUCCCCUGAGAUACGCCAACGCCCAAGAUGUCCCGAGCUUCCCAUCUCCUGGGUUGAAACCGGGCGGCGCUGCGGCGAGCGCUGCAGCAGCUUUGGGAUGGGCGAAUACGGCUGCUUCGGCGGGCUCGCCUGGGGAAGUCCCGUCUGCGACGCCCAUGUCGCCAGAUGCUCUCCUCGCUGCUGGCUGGGCACAGCGACACCCACAACGGUCAUCCCUUUCACCUCCAUCCCGUUCGUCCCCCUGGGUAUCGACGGCCGCAACCCUAGCUUUCAGGGCAGCCAAGACACCACCUCCGACCUAUGAGUUUCUGGAUUUGUCCAGGCGGAACUCGAUGCACGCGGCAAAGGGAGCGAUGGGUGCACGGCCAAGGUCAAGGUCCUCGCCCCAGACAGCAAGGGAAAAGACCCCGAAGGACCAGUACGGUACUGGAGCAUAUGCACUAAGCGCCGCGACCACUGUUCAACGAUCGUCAACGGGCGCAAACCCCCUCUCGACCGGCGAAGCGGGCGCCGUGCCUUAUACCACAUUGGACAGGAACAUGUUCACUUCGAACCCCCCCGUAAAGCCAGAGGUUGACGAGAAGAACCGUGCCGAUGUCCUGCAUGCUUCCGCGCUCGCCAUGGCCAAGAAGAUGUACAAUCAGCAGCAAAAUAUGUUUGACAGUUCCACAACGGCGCACGCCCGGUCCUCAUCGUACCCCCGCCUUGGAGAUGCGCGGAACCAGGAACAGCCCUCGACGGCGUCCAACACGCUGCAGGAGGCAGCCAACACGCUGCAGGAGGCAGCAUACCGGCUCGCCCAGGAGCGCCUGGCCAAGCUCCAGGAAGAGCACAACAAGCAGCGGGGUCUCCAAGAAUACUACGGAUCAGGGACACCGCAGCGGGCGCGGUUCGGGUCCGUCAAGAGCAAGAUGACCCGGCGGCGCUCCUCGAGCGACGGAGACCUGCUGGACGACAAGCGGCGGUCGGGGCAGAUCCGCAAGCAAAUGUCGCUCCUGAACAACAAGUUGACCGAGGUGGACGAGGAGAAGAGAACCCGGGAUCGCGACGCGCUCCUCGCAGCUGCGCAACGGAAUGUCAAGGCCCAGAUGCAACAGAUGGACGAGAAGGUGCAAUCCGACACCGGCCGUGUACCCCAGGUCACCAUGGACGACUGGGGGAGGAAAGCGGAUGUGGCUGCCCAAGCGAGACUUGCCGCUCUCAGCCAUAACAACGACGGAAAAGUCGACAUCGGCGGCGGCAAGUUCGUGGAUAAGUCGGAAGUGGAUAAGGUCGCUGCUGAAAAAGUGCAGCCUCUGCUGAAUGAGAUCAACGAGAGGGCCGAGAUGGAGGCUGCGCGGAUACAAGAGGAGAAGCUGGAAGAGGAAAGGCGUAAGGAGAAGAUGGAGACGGAAAAGAUGAGGGAGAGGGAGAUUCAGGAGAUUCACAAGAAGCUCAGGGGUGAGUGUUCCGAGCCAGUGAGCGCCGGGAACCAUGCUGAACCAUGCUUUAGACCAGCAAAGGGCAGACGAGAAAGCGAGGAAGGCGGAGAUCAAACGGCAGGAGAAGGCUCACAGGGCUGAGGUGAAAGCGGUCAAGGUCGACCAGAAGCACGCCGCCCCGGAGCCCAA